AUAACGCGAUCUAACCCAAAAACCUUUAUUAUGAAUCAAAUACACUGUCACCAAAAAAAUCCCUCCUUUUCCUGCAGUCAAAAGUUAAAUUGUCCCCGUAUUCAAAAAAAGCUUUGGGUGAUGCUGGUCUUCUUCGGUGGUCUUGAGAGAUUAUUGGAAAUUCCACAAGUCUAUGACAUGGACCAGUCUAUUUAUACUCCAACAAUUGAUGACUUCCUGCUAAGUGGUACCUAUUUUACCUACCCCAAAGAUUAAGAUAAUGUGGCUGAGUUAAUCCUCAUAUUGACGAAUUCGAAGCCUACUGAUCUACCGACUGCACUGGGUUAUAAUCCAGGAUUUUUGGAGAAAGACUGCAUCUUUAGUCAUGACCAGUUAAGAGCCCAACAAGUCUAAAAGUAUAUUUUUCAAGGAAGACUUAGUUCAUGAAAGUAAAACAAAAAGAAAACCUCAGCAACAAAUGCAAAAUACUAAAAUGUGAAAGGUCAUGAACACUAAAAUAAACCUCGUGUAGUUCGUCUUUUAUUGUCUAGUUUUGGAUCGCUUGCAAAAUCGCCCAUUUCAGAUUGACUGAGCAAUAAAGAUAACGCGUGGUUCCACAAACACAUUAAUCACGGCCAAAGUCUCGAAAUGCGCAAUAUGCAAAGUAUAACUAUUUUAGAGCGGAAUACCCUCACCCACCCACCCCAGUACUCCUGUGCACCGCACAGUUCGAGGUGCUGUGCCACAUUGAGGCACACUUAAGCUGUAGCUAUCCCAUUCAAAGCAUAACGCGCAGCGGAGAGAGCAUGGAGGAGGUGAAGGGGAAGCGAUCGUCGAGGUGGACCAGCUUCGAGGUCACGCUGAUAGUCUUCUGUGCCCUGGGCACGGCGGUGUGCGCCGGUCUCAUCGCAGUGGCCUGGCUGGCCAUCGAUGGCAACUCCCAGCUGUCCCCCAAGGACGAAACAAAUGAAAUUUCCGGAAAGAUGAAGAUCGUGGGAGGAGCCUUGUACAGCCCACGGUUGCAUGACCCGACCUCGACAGAAUUCAAAAUCCUGGCUUUUGAUGUUGAACACACGAUUAACAAAGUUUAUUCAGAAAGCUCCAUGAAGAACGACUACGCCGGCUGUCGCGUGGUGGCGUUUGAGCAGGGCAGCGUGUGGGUACUGCUGGGGCUCAAGUUCACGCUGGCCAUGUCCGAGGGGCUCGUGGGGACCGCCCAGGAGACCCUGCUGGCAGCCAUCAGCCCCAGCACGCCGGUGUCCAACGUGGGCUUCCUGCCGCCCUUCGAAGUGGACAUCGCCAGCGUGCAAGUGUACGGUGACAAGCCGAGCAUACCAACCUUCAAACCCACUCCAGCUCCAAACAAGACCAGCGCACCAACCUUCAAACCCACUCCAGCUCCAAACAAUACCAGCACACCGAGCUACAAACCCACUCCAGCUCCAAACAAUACCAGCGCACCGACCUUAACGUCUACUUUGGUCCCCGUCACGUCAAAAGAGUCCUGCGGCUCUGUCGAGCUCUGGGAACCCAACACGACGUUCUCGUCUCCCAACUACCCCAACAACUACAGCGUCAACACCCUUUGCUUCUGGUUCCUGCGGGCACAGGAGGGCGACAAUGUGCAGCUGCACUUCCAGGACUUCGACACGGAGACUCACAAUGACAUGGUGAUGGUCUAUGACGGCAACAGCACCAGCGCGAUGCUCAUCGGGAUGUUUUCAGGCAGUGGACCUGGGCGCGAUCUGUUCUCGACGGGCAGCGUGAUGACGGUGCGCUUCAGAAGUGACUUCGUCACUAACUCCAAGGGCUUCCUUGCAAACUUCACCACCGGCUUCCGACUCGGCAUGCCCCCGCUCUGCGGGAACGACGAGUCGCAGUGCGACAACUACCAGUGCGUGCCGAGCUCGGCGGUGUGCGACGGACGUCCCGACUGCACGGACACGUCCGACGAGAAGCACUGUGGUAAAGCGCCGCUAUCCCACCUGCUGUGUGGCCACCAUGCCCCUGGGGGAAUCUGCAACAAACGCUGGGAGCGAGGGCCAACACAUUUCUGACAUCUGUUGCCAGUCUACGUGUGUCAAGAGGUCCCAGCCAUAGGCUUGAGCUGGUGCUGCCCUGGCUGCGCUGGCUGUCCGUGGUGCCGCUUGUUGUUGGUGUUGGCACUGGGCCACAGUUUGCUUUGUCCAUGGUUGUGCUGCGGUGUUGCUCUCUCUUCACUCUCCCGUGUUUCCCUGCCCUCACCACCCCUCUUUCUACCCUAACUUAGUUUUUGUUUCCCCAUUUUGCA